CGGGCUGGAGUUGUAUAUAUGGUCAUGGAGGGGGCAUUCCUGGGAGUCCAGCAGAGUGACGCCGAGCUUUUUAAACCCCCGACCCCCUUCUCCUCCACCCGCUGUACCGACUCUCUGCAGGCCACCACGCCGCCGUCUGAGCCUCUUUUCCCGGACAACAGGAGCGAGUCUGUCCGGAGGAAGAACACGACUUUUCCUCUCUUUCUUUCUUUCUCCUUUCUUCAUCCUUACCAUGGCUCAGCCGGGCUGGAUUAACUGACUCUGGAUCCGCAGCUUCACGCACACUUUGGAGAAGUGUGUCACUCCCAGAGGUGGAAAGUAAUAGUUACAUUUACUCGCGUUACCGUAUAGCCUAAUGGAGUAGUUUCUUUUCUGUGUGUGUAGGCUAUUCUACUUUUUUAAAGUCGUUUUUCAAAGCUGGAAUUUUACUUUUACGCUCUACCUCCGCUCCUCUCUGCUUCUCUUCUCUCUUUUCUUCCUCUGCCUUUCCUUCUUCUCCUCUUCGCUCCGGCCUUUAAAACCUAACAGCGGGCGCCAUGAUGAGCAACAGCGGCUACAUGGAGCAGCAGCUGCCGCCGCAGUUCAUCUGCGAGGACGAGGAGGAGGAAGAGGAGGAGAUGCCGGCCACGGAGAAGGAUCUGGCCGAGGACGCUCCGUGGAAGAAGAUCCAGCAGAACACCUUCACCCGCUGGUGCAACGAGCACCUGAAGGGGCUCAACAAGCGGAUCGGGGACCUGCAGAAGGACCUGAGCGACGGGCUGAAGCUCAUCGGGCUGCUGGAGGUGCUGAGCCAGAAGAAGAUGUACCGGAAGUACCACUGCCGGCCCAACUUCAGACAGAUGAAGCUGGAGAACGUCUCCGUGGCGCUCGAGUUCCUGGAGAGAGAGCACAUCAGGCUGGUGUCCAUCGACUCUAAAGCCAUCGUGGACGGGAACCUGAAGCUGAUCCUGGGUCUGAUCUGGACGCUGAUCCUGCACUACUCCAUCUCCAUGCCCAUGUGGGAGGACGAGGACGACGAAGACGCCAAGAAGCUGACGCCCAAGCAGCGUCUGCUGGGCUGGAUCCAGAACAAGGUGCCCCAGCUCCCCAUCACCAACUUCCACAGGGACUGGAGGGACGGCAAGGCACUGGGGGCGCUGGUGGACAACUGUGCACCAGGUCUCUGUCCAGACUGGGAAACAUGGGAUCCCAGUCAGCCGGUGGAGAACGCCAGGGAGGCCAUGCAGCAGGCCGACGACUGGCUCGGAGUGCCUCAGGUGAUCGCUCCGGAGGAGAUCGUUGAUCCCAACGUGGACGAGCACUCGGUGAUGACCUACCUGUCUCAGUUCCCCAAAUCUAAACUCAAGCCCGGCGCGCCCCUGAGGGCCAAGACGCUGCACCCCAAGAGGGCCAAAGCCUACGGACCAGGUCUGGAACCUCGAGGGAACGUGGUCCUGAAACCUGCAGAGUUUCUGGUGGAGACGGUGGAGGCCGGACUCGGUGAAGUUCUGGUUUACGUGGAGGAUCCAGAGGGACACACGGAGGAGGCUCGAGUGAUCCCCAACAACGACAAGAACAGAAGCUACUCGGUGGUCUACCUGCCCAAAGUGGAGGGGCUUCAUAGAGUGAAGGUGCUGUUUGCUGGGCAGGACAUCGACAGAAGUCCCUUCAUGGUGAAUGUUUCCAAGGCGAUGGGCGACCCAACCAGAGUUCAGGCCCGCGGGCCGGGACUGCAGCAGACGGGAAAUGUGGCCAACAAACCUACAUACUUUGACAUUUACACUGCAGGGGCGGGUGCUGGAGACGUGGGCGUUAUCAUUGUGGAUUCAAAUGGUCGCAGGGAUACAGUGGAGAUUGUGUUGGAGAACAGAGGCGACAGUAUUUUCCGCUGCACCUAUGUUCCCAUCCUGGAGGGCGCUCACACCGUCUACGUGACCUUUGCUGGGCAGCAGAUUCCCAGAAGCCCUUUCACUGUCAACAUCUCAGAGGUUUCACAGAGCAUCCUGCCUACUGGGUCUCCUGUGCAGGUUGUACCUCAGUCCGCACCCUCAGACAAGACAAGGAGAGCCCCCCCUCCAACACCACCCAAACCCAGGCGACCAACCUGUAAUCCCAAUGCGUGCCGAGCGGCAGGCAGAGGUCUGCAGCCGAAGGGUCUGAGGGUCAAAGAAGUGGCCGAUUUUAAAGUUUACACUAAAGGAGCCGGCAGCGGAGAGCUCAAAGUCACUGUGAAGGGACCAAAGGGCCUGGAGGAGCCGGUGAAGGUUAUCGAGAUGGAAAACGGGAUUUUCGAGUGUAAUUAUUACCCAAUCAUGAUGGGAAAAUACAUGGUGACCAUCAGCUGGGGAGGACACAGCAUCCCACGCAGUCCGUUUGAGGUCCAGGUGAGCGAGGAGGCGGGCCCCCAGAAGGUGCGGGCCUGGGGUCCUGGUCUGGAGACGGGGAUGGUGGGGAAGAGUGCCGACUUUGUGGUGGAGGCCAUUGGCACGGAGGUGGGAACGCUCGGUUUCUCCAUCGAGGGUCCGUCUCAGGCGAAGAUCGAGUGUGACGAUAAAGGUGACGGGUCGUGUGAUGUUCGAUACUGGCCGACUGAACCGGGCGACUACGCCGUGCACGUCAUCUGUGACGACGAAGACAUUAAGGACAGUCCCUUCAUGGCUCACAUCCUCCCUGCUGCCAACGACGUCUUCCCAGAAAACAUUAAGUGUUACGGUCCCGGUCUGGAGCCACUCGGCUGCAUUGUCAACAAACCCGCAGACUUCACCAUCGACACGGACGGAGCCGGCAGAGGAGAGCUGAAGCUCUACGCUCAGGAUGCCGAGGGUUUCCCCAUCGACAUCCAGAUCACUGAUAACGGAGACAGCACCUUCUUCUGCGUUUACAUUCCCACCAAACCUGUCAAACACACCAUCAUCAUCACCUGGGGAGAGGUCAACGUUCCCAACAGCCCCUUCAGGGUGCUGAUCGGAGAGGGCAGCCAUCCAGAGAACGUGAAGGUCUACGGUCCAGGUGUGGAGAAGACGGGACUGAAGGCCAACGAGCCGACAUACUUCACCGUGGACUGCAGCGAGGCCGGACAGGGUGACGUCAGUAUCGGGAUCAAGUGUGCGCCGGGCGUGGUCGGUCCAGCAGAGGCCGACAUCGACUUUGACAUCAUCAAGAACGACAACGACACGUUCACGGUGAAGUACACGCCUCCGGGAGCCGGGCAGUACACCAUCAUGGUGCUGUUCGCCGAUCAAGAAAUUCCCAUCAGCCCCUUCAGAAUAAAGGUGGAUCCUUCCCAUGAUGCAGCUAAAGUCCGUGCAGAGGGACCUGGACUCAGCAAGACGGGAGUUGAAGUGGGCAAACCGACUCACUUCACCAUCUACACAAAGGGAGCCGGCAAAGCCAAACCGGAGGUUCAUUUCACCGGCGCGGCUAAAGGCGAAGCCGUCCGAGACUUCGAGAUCAUCGACAACCACGACUACUCCUACACCGUCCGCUACACCGCCGUCCAGCAGGGGAACAUGUCCGUCACUGUGUGUCACGGCGGAGACCCCAUCCCCAAGAGUCCCUUCAACAUCAGCGUGGCCCCCCCGCUGGACCUCAACAAGGUCAAAGUUCAGGGUUUGAACAACAAGGUGGACGUUGGGAAAGACGAGGAGUUCACCGUCUGUACUCGCGAGGCUGGAGGUCAGGGCAAACUGGACGUCAAGAUCACCUCGCCGUCACGCCGACCAAUCCCGUGCAAGGUGGAGUCGGGCACAGCCAAUGAGGCGCACACAGUGAAGUACAUUCCCCCCGAGGAAGGACAGUACAGAGUGGACGUCAGCUACGACGGAAACCCCAUCCCAGGAAGUCCGUUCACGGUGGAGGGCGUCAUGCCCCCCGACCCUUCAAAGGUUCGAGCCUACGGUCCGGGCCUUCAGGGGGGUGUUGUGGGUAAACCGGCGCCCUUCGCCAUCGACACAAAGGGCGCCGGUACCGGCGGUCUGGGCCUGACGGUGGAGGGACCCUGCGAGGCCAAGAUCGAAUGUCAGGACAACGGUGACGGGUCUUGCUCCGUGUCCUACCUGCCCACCGAGCCCGGCGAGUACGCCAUCAACAUCCUGUUUGCAGAGCAGCACAUCCCCGGCUCGCCCUUCAAGGCCGCGGUCCAGUCGGCCUUCGACCCCGGCAAGGUGACAGCCAGCGGCCCGGGCCUGGAGCGAGGGAAGGUCAACGAGGAUGGAUCCUUCACAGUGGACUGCUCCAAAGCUGGCGAGGCGGAGCUCACCAUUGAGAUUGUCUCUGACUCCGGAGCCAGAGCAGAAGUUCACGUGCAGAACAACGGUGAUGGGACGUACGCCAUCACCUACAUCCCGCAGUGCCACGGCAUGUACACCAUCACCAUCAAGUACGGAGGACACGCCGUGCCAAAGUUCCCCAUCCGACUGACGGUGGAGCCGGCAGUGGACACCAGCGGGGUGAAGGUCCACGGGCCGGGAGUGGAGCCCCGAGGCGUCCUGAGGGAAGUGACCACGCAUUUCACCGUGGACGCCCGGGCGCACUACCGGAGCGGCGGCGGCCGCAUCAAAGCCCCCAUCUCCAACCCAUCGGGCGCCAACACAGACGCCUACAUCACCGACAAGGGAGACGGGACAUACCGCGUGGAGUACACGCCGUACGAGGACGGUUUGCAUCUGAUUGAAGUGCUGUUUGAUGACGUCUCGGUGCCGAAGAGUCCGUUCAGGGUGUCGGUGUCGGAGGGCUGUGACCCCAGCCGGGUGCGAGCCUACGGGCCCGGUCUGGAGGAGGGACUGGUCAACAAACCAAACCGCUUCACCGUGGAGACCAGAGGUGCUGGCACCGGGGGUCUGGGCCUGGCCAUCGAGGGCCCGUCGGAGGCCAAGAUGUCCUGUAAGGACAACAAAGAUGGCAGCUGCAGCGUGGAGUACAUCCCCUUCACUCCCGGCGAGUACGACGUCAACAUCACCUUCGGAGGCCUUCCUAUCCCAGGGAGCCCGUUUCGGGUUCCGGUGCGCGAGCUGUUGGAUCCCAGUAAAGUGAAGUGUUCGGGUCCCGGCCUGGGAAGUGGAGUCCGAGCCCACGUCCCCCAGACCUUCACCGUGGACAGCAGCAAGGCCGGGGUCGCCCCCCUGGAGGUCCAGCUGUACGGGCCCACAGGUGUGGCCGAGCCAAUCAGCAUCACCGACAACGGCGACUGUACUCACACGGCCAACUACACGCCUGCCAGCGACGGUCCGUACACGGUGUGCGUGAAGUAUGCCGACCAGGAAGUCCCCCGCAGUCCCUUUAAGAUCAAAACAUUACCGGCCCACGAUGCCAGUAAAGUCCGAGCCAGUGGUCCGGGUCUAAAUGCGUCCGGAGUUCCCGCCAGUCUGCCCGUUGAGUUCACCAUCGACGCCAGAGACGCCGGAGAGGGACUGCUCACCGUUCAGAUCCUGGGUCCAGACGGCUGCAGGCGCGACGCCUCUCUGUUUGUGGAGGACUGGGGACGGAGGGUGUGGGAGACACAGAUAGUAAAGAAAACCAUCCUCUUCAGUAUGAAUAAGAGAGGCUGUGAUCCGGAGGGGAAACCCAAGAAGGCGAACAUCCGGGACAACCGAGAUGGGACAUACACGGUGUCCUACGUCCCGGACAUGGCUGGACGUUACACCAUCACCAUCAAAUACGGCGGAGACGAGAUCCCAUACUCGCCGUACCGCAUCCUGGCGCUGCCCUCCGGAGACGCCAGCAAGUGUCUGGUCACAGUGUCGAUCGGAGGACACGGACUGGGGUCAGGUAUCGGGUCGACCAUCCAGAUCGGCGAGGAGACCGUCAUCACCGUGGACGCAAAGGCUGCUGGGAAAGGGAAGGUGACGUGCAAGGUGUCGACGCCCGAUGGCGCCGAGCUGGACGUGGAUGUGGUGGAGAACGCCGACGGGACGUUUGACAUCUACUACACGGCGCCGGAGCCUGGGAAGUACGUCAUCACCAUCCGCUUCGGAGGGGAAAACAUUCCCAACAGCCCCUUCCACGUGGUGGUGAGUGAUACCGUCCCCAUAGUAGAGGAGCCCAGUGACACGCUGCAGUUACAGCAGCCCUAUGUGGGCUUCUCCCCCCAAUGGGCCACCGAUGAUCCGGUGAGCGUGGACGGGACGGAGGCCGUGCUGCGGCCGUUCAGUCUGGUCAUUCCCUUCACCGUCCAGAAAGGACAGAUCACAGGUGAAGUGCGGAUGCCGUCUGGCCGAACCGCCGGCCCUCACAUCACCGACAACAAGGACGGCACCGUCACGGUGAAGUACUCGCCAACAGAGCGAGGCCUGCACGAGAUGGACAUCAAGUACGACGGGAACCACAUCCCAGGAAGUCCGCUGCAGUUCUACGUGGACGCCGUUAACAGCGGUCAUGUGACGGCGUUUGGCCCUGGUCUGACUCACGGCACGAUGAACACACCGGCCGCCUUCACCAUCGUCACUAAAGACGCCGGAGAAGGCGGACUGUCUCUGGCGGUGGAAGGGCCGUCUAAAGCCGAGAUCAGCUGCAAAGACAACAAAGACGGGACGUGCACCGUGUCCUACCUGCCCACCGUCCCCGGAGACUACAACAUCAUCGUCAAGUUCGAUGACAAACACAUCCCCGGCAGCCCCUUCACCGCCAAGAUCACCGGUGAUGACUCCAUGAGGACGUCUCAGCUUAACGUCGGCACGGCGACAGACGUUUCCUUAAAGAUCACGGAGACGGACCUGAGCAGCCUGACGGCGAGCAUCAGAGCGCCGUCGGGACACGAGGAGCCGUGUGUGCUGAAGAGGCUGCCCAACAGACACAUCGGGAUCUCGUUCACGCCGAAGGAAGUCGGCGAGCACGUGGUGAGCGUGAAGAAGAGCGGGAAACACGUGACCAACAGCCCCUUUAAGAUCAUGGUCGGCCAAUCAGAGAUUGGAGAUGCCAGCAAGGUGAAAGUCUACGGCCAGGGAUUGGUGGAGGGACACACCUUUGAGGUGGCUGAGUUCAUCGUUGACACCCGGAACGCAGGUUACGGCGGUCUGGGUCUGUCCAUCGAGGGUCCCAGUAAAGUGGACAUUAACUGUGAGGACGUGGAGGACGGGACGUGUAAAGUCACGUUCUGUCCAACCGAACCGGGAAACUACAUCAUCAACAUCAAGUUCGCUGACCAACACGUCCCAGGAAGUCCGUUCACGGUGAAGGUGUUUGGAGAAGGCCGCAUGAAGGAGAGCAUCACCAGGAAACGCCAGGCGCCGUCCAUCGCCACCGUGGGCAGCACCUGCGACCUCAACCUCAAGAUCCCAGGGAACUGGUUCCACCAGGUGUCGGCUCAGGAGCGUCUGACGCGGACGUUCACGCGCAGCAGCCACACGUACACGCGCACGGAGCGCACGGAGAUCAGCAAGACUCGCGCCGGAGAAACCAAACGGGAGGUCCGCGUGGAGGAGAGCACGCAGGUGGGCGACCCCUUCAGGGACGUGUUCGGAGACUUCCUGGGACGGGACGGGCGCAGCAGUGGCUUCAGCAGCGGCCGACCGGCACCUCCGCUGCAGGAAGGUGAGGGUGGCAGCGCGGAGAUGACAGCCCAGGUAACGAGUCCCGGAGGAAAGACGGCGGACGCAGAGAUCCUUCGCGGCGAGGACAGCGCCUAUAGCGUGCGCUUCGUCCCGCAGGAGAUGGGCGCUCACACGGUGAACGUUCGGUACCGCGGCCAGCACGUCCCCGGGAGCCCCUUCCAGUUCACCGUGGGGCCCCUGGGGGAGGGGGGGGCACACAAGGUCCGGGCUGGGGGGACCGGGCUGGACCGAGGCGUCGCAGGGAUCCCAGCUGAGUUCAGUAUCUGGACCAGAGAGGCCGGAGCGGGGGGCCUGUCCAUCGCCGUGGAGGGACCGAGUAAAGCCGAGAUCACCUUCGAGGACCGGAAGGACGGAUCCUGUGGAGUCGCCUACGUGGUCCAGGAGCCCGGUGACUACGAGGUUUCCAUCAAGUUCAACGACGAACACAUCCCAGACUCUCCGUUCAUCGUCCCCGUCGCCACGCUGUCUGACGACGCUCGCCGCCUCACCAUCUCCAGCCUGCAGGAGAAGGGUCUGAAAGUUGGGCAGGAGGCGUCGUUCGCUGUCCAGCUGAACGGAGCCAGAGGGCUGAUUGACGCUAAGAUCCACACGCCAUCAGGAGCCAUUGAGGAGUGUUACAUCACCGAGCUGGACAACGACAAGCACGCUAUCAGGUUCAUCCCGAGAGAAAACGGAGUUCAUUCUAUCGACGUGCGUUUCAAUGGCAGCCACGUCCCCGGUAGUCCCUUCAAGAUCCGCGUUGGAGAACCGGGACAGGUCGGAGACCCCGGCAUGGUGUCUGCCUUCGGACCGGGACUGGAGGGAGGAACCACAGGUGUGGCGUCAGAGUUUGUUGUGAACACGUGUAACGCUGGAUCCGGAGCUCUGUCUGUCACCAUCGACGGGCCGUCCAAGGUGAAGAUGGACUGCCAGGAGUGUCCCGAGGGAUACACAGUCUCCUACACCCCCAUGGCCCCCGGCAGCUACCUGAUCUCCAUCAAGUACGGCGGACCGCAGCACAUCGUAGGAAGCCCCUUCAAAGCCAAGGUGUCAGGACCUCGUCUGUCCGGCGGCCACAGUCUGCAUGAGACAUCGUCUGUCAUCGUGGAGACCGUCUCCAAGGCAACGGCGAUGGGAGGAGGAGCCUUCGCCUCCUUACCCAGGUUCUCGUCGGACGCCAGCAGCGUCAUCUCCAGAGGUGCCGGCCUGUCCAAGGCCUUCGUGGGUCAGAAGAACACGUUCACCGUGGACUGCAGCAAAGCAGGCACCAACAUGCUGAUGGUGGGCGUUCACGGGCCGAAGACGCCCUGCGAGGAAGUGUACGUCAAACACAUGGGCAACAGGAUGUACAACGUCACGUACACGGUCAAAGAACAGGGCAGCUACAUCCUCAUCGUCAAGUGGGGGGACGAGAGCGUCCCGGGCAGUCCCUUCCACGUCACCGUCCCCUAAAACGUCCCCGGCAGUCCCUUCCACAUCACCGUCCCCUAAAACUCAACUCCUCUGCUCUAACAGCUGUGUUAGAAACCGUUCCCUAUCACAGAUACACACUGAACAAAAUUAUAUCCACAACACUUUUGUUUUUGCCCCCAAUUUUCAUGAGCUGAACUCAAAGAUCUAAGGCU